AGGAAGUAGAACAGGAUAUACAUUUUAACUCCGCCGAGGAAGAAGCCAGAAGAAAACAAUCACAAACCCACCCGCUAGUCGGUUCUUUCCCCUGUACGUGUUGGAAUAAGCACUUUCUCUUCGUUUGGACCGAAAGGACACCAUGCCCGUUAUUUGUGCGGCAACAGGAUGCAACAAUAAGUUUGUCAAAGGGUCGGAAAUCCGAUUCUACAGGUUCCCACUCAGCAAACCUCAACUUGCCAGCAAAUGGGUACAAAGCCUGGGGAUGAAAAACUUCAUCCCAACCGCCAACACCUGCCUCUGCUCAGAGCAUUUUAGGACCGACUGCUUCAGGGACUACAAUGGCAAACAGUUUCUGAGGGAGGAUGCAGUGCCCACCAUAUUCACCCAGGGGCAGGAUUCCUCAAAGAUUGAACUGCGUAAGAGAGGUGUGGUACCAAAGGAGACAAAUGUUGCAAAUCAAAUGGGAACGCAAGCAGAAAGAGACCGUGCGAAAGAGGGCGCCAGUCUACGCAGAGAAAAAAGAGGAGGAUUGAGGGUCACACAGAAGAUACGGCGUACUACAGAAGAGGACUUGGAUAUGGAACUAGACUCAUCAGAGAGCAACAGUGAGGACACUGAAUAUGAUACGGAAAGAGAAGAAAUGUUUUCUACUGGUAGUACAGAGGAUGCUUUAGAUCUAUCAAAUGAAGAGAGUGAUUCGGAUUGGGAGCCCGGCACUAAAGAAGCCAAGCAGCCAGCCCCCUUCCCUGCUGAACCCAGUAGGCAGAAGCGGCGACGCUCCUCUUCCUCAGCCAGUAGCCCCGCCUCCAGUGACUUGGAUAUGGAACUAACCUCACCAGAGACGGGCAGUGGGGACAGUGAAUAUGAUUCGGAAACGGAAGAAAUAUUAGCCAACGGCUGUGUCGUUUUAGAUGGCUCAUAUGAAGAUAGUGGUUCGGAUGGGGAGCCCGACACUCGACCGGACGAGCACCCAACUCCCUCCCCCGCUGACCCUUUAACUACCCCCAGUGGAUUGGUGGAGGCUGCUUCCAGCACACCCACCGCUGGACAGUCAGCUUCCCAUGCUGCCAGAGGUGCUUGGGGUAGAAGAGGAGCCUCUGGUUCUCCCCCUGUCCCCCACACAGCAGACCAGCAGUGGCAUUCCUUGGCUGACCCGGAUGUUUUACCUGUUCCACUGGUCUUCAUGCCAGUAAGACCACCUGGACCACAGCAGGGCACCAGAGUUGCUCAGAGUCCACUGCAAUUCUUUCAACUUUUUUUUUCAGAGGCUGUGCUCAAGACGUUAUUGGCAAACACCAAUGCAUAUGGUGCGAAGCAACAUGACGGGAAAACAGAAGCUUGGCACGACAUCACCAUCAAUGACAUGUUCUCCUUCAUUGCUGUAGUGAUUUACAUGGGCUUGUUAAGGUGUUCUGCGCUGGGUGACUACUGGAAAAGAUCCCGACUCUUCUCUCUCCCAUUCCCCUCCUCUGUCAUUUCAGGAAAAAAAUUCUUCAUCAUCUACAGGGCUCUGCACUUAAGUGACAUCAAAGCUGAUGAGGAGAAUGAUGCUAAGAAGGGGACGCCAGGAUACGACCAUCUUGGCAGCAUAAAGCCCUUGUACACUGACAUUGUCAAAGCAUGCAAGUCCCACUUCCAACCCGAUCAGCACAUUUCAAUUAAUGAACGAACGAUAGCAUCACAGACGAGGCUAUCUUUCAAGCAGCAUGUAACAUGGAACAAGCAGGGGUACAAGCUGCUUGUAUUAGCUGAUUCUAAUUGUAGCUACAUAUGGAACUUUUUUGUGCAUGAGGGCAAGUCUUCUGGCUCUGGGAAGAAACUGAGUUAUAAGUCGGUGAUGUCCCUCAUGGACUUCAAAUGUCUGGGCACAGGUUAUCAUCUCUAUGUCGAUAAAUUCUACACCAGUUCUCAACUUUUCAAGAACCUGUUAAAAAAGGGGAUUGGGGCAUGUGGCAUUCAUGCAAAGAGAGUUGGGUUUCCUCACAAAUUCCCCAGGUGUAUUCCUCGGGGCACCCUACAGUGGAUCAGGGACGAAGAAGUGCUUUUUGUGAAGUGGAUGGACAAGCAAGAGGUCGUCGUGUGUUCUACCAUCCACAAGGCCUACAAUGGUGAUCUGGUCAGGAGGAGAGUUUGGACAGCUGGGACAUGGGUGCAGACUGGUGUCCCCAUUCCAGUUGCUGUCAAAGACUAUAAGCAGCACAUGUGGAAGGUUUUCCGGUCUAAAGCUCACACUGGGUAUUACAAUCUCAUCCACAAGACCAAGAAGUGGUACCAGACCUUUUUCUUCCACAUCCUGGACAUUGCUGUGGUGAAUGCCCACAUUCUUUAUCAACAAUGCUACAGGGAUCCUACUAUGAACCAGAAGGAAUUCCGGCAGGCCCUUGUUGAGGAGCUUGCAGACCUCGGCUCUAAGUCAAAGUCUCGAGCUUUCAAGAAGAAAUUCCCUUUCCCCUCCUACCAAACAGGUUCGCACAAGCUACACUACUUUGCAGAGGGACUCAAUGUGCCUAGACGGGCUGCAAGCACCACUGGCAGAAGGAACUGUGUGCUCUGCCAACAGAAAACACCAGUCGGCUGUGGGUCGUGUAAUGUGCCCUUGUGCUUUGAGGUACAGAGGGACUGUUUCAAUAUCUGGCACACACAGAAUGGACUGUAAACAGUCCCCUGAUCAGAACACUAGGCCUGCCUUGGGUCUGUAAUAAAGUGUG